AUGGUCAAAGCUGUUGUUCUUGGUGCCUCUGGCGGCAUCGGCCAGCCACUCUCCCUUUUGUUGAAGGCAUCCCCUUUGAUUGAUGAGCUCGCCCUUUACGAUGUUGUGAACACCCCCGGUGUUGCUGCCGACCUUUCUCACAUCUCCUCGGUUGCCAAAAUCACCGGCUACCUCCCCAAGGAUGACGGUCUGAAGAAUGCUCUCACCGGUGCUGACAUUGUGGUCAUUCCGGCUGGCAUUCCCCGCAAACCUGGUAUGACCCGUGAUGACCUUUUCAAGAUCAAUGCCGGAAUCGUGCGUGAUCUAGCAAAGGGUAUUGCCGAACACAGCCCCAAGGCUUUCACUCUGGUUAUCUCCAACCCGGUCAACUCUACCGUUCCUAUUGCCGCUGAGGUCUUCAAGGCCGCUGGUGUCUUUGACCCCAAGCGCCUGUUCGGUGUGACCACCCUGGAUGUGGUACGUGCCGAGACUUUCACCCAGGAGUUCUCGGGCCACAAGGACCCCUCCAAGGCCACCGUGCCGGUCAUUGGUGGCCACUCUGGCGAGACCAUUGUCCCCUUGUUCAGCAAGGUUUCUCCGAGCUUCCAGAUCCCUACGGAUCGUUAUGAGGACCUGGUGAAGCGCGUUCAGUUUGGCGGUGACGAGGUCGUGCAGGCUAAGGAUGGCGCCGGUUCCGCCACCCUGUCCAUGGCUUAUGCUGGUUUCAGAUUUGCCGAGGCUGUGAUCAAGGCUUCCAAGGGUGAGAAGGGCAUCGUUGAGCCUACUUUCGUUUACCUCCCCGGUGUUCCCGGUGGUGAGGCCAUUGCCAAGGCUACUGGCGUCGAUUUCUUCUCUACCCCCGUUGAACUGGGUCCCUCUGGUGUCGAGAAGGCUAUCAACAUCCUUGACGGUGUGACUCCGCGGGAGCAGGAGCUUCUUGAGGCCUGUAUCAAGGGACUUCAGGGAAACAUUGAAAAGGGCGUCGAAUUUGCCAAGACAUCACCCCCAAAGUAA